UUAAAAUUAAAAUUGCAAUAUCGGAAACCAGUCAACUGCGCUGAGCAAUUCAACCAUGUCAAAACAACUUCGUCAGUAUGUUACUGGAACUGAUAGCGAAUUUAUGUUGUUACUAAAUGGUACCUAUGGGUAUUUUCUAUGUUUACAUAAAAUUAAAAUUUCAAAAACGUGUUCACUUGUUUUGAUAUCUACCCAAUUAAUUAUUUUCAAAAAAUGGUACAUAAUAAUUUUCUGUAAACAUCGCGCGAGUUUAUCACCAAAAGUGUUGAAGUGUUGUGAAAUUGGACAUCAUCAAUCAAAACACUGUCAUUACAGGCGGGUAUCAGAUUGUUCAGAACAAAAAAUAAGGAAAAACACCUACCAAGCCAAGAUGUCACCUGAAGAACCAUUCUGUGGACAAACAUUACUGACGAUUGGAACAUACUACAAGAGGAAUAUCAGCGGUUACAUCGAUAUGCCAACAUGUAUACUUGGUUCGAUUUUCAACCUACUCAACUUGGUGAUAUUCACAAGGAAAAACAUGCGUUCGCAGAUUAACCUGAUAUUUGCAAACCUAUCCUUGGUAGAUUUACUCACUUUAUUAACACUGAUUCCAUUUUCGUGGCUACAUAUAACCGAACGCAAUGUCAAUAUUGAGGGACGAAGUAGUUACGAAAGAGCAUUACUUUUCAUCAUCUGUCAUGAUAUUAUGGCCACUUUUCACUUCAUAUCUGCAUUUCUCACCGUCAUGUUGGCCAUAUGGAGAUACAUAGCUGUGGUGCAUCCCUUCACAGGAUGGUCUCGGUGCAAUAUGAAAACUACACGAUGUGUGAUUGCUGCUGUUUACAUAGCGUGUGUCUUGCUCAAUAUACCGAUGUAUUUGUCACGUGAUAUCACCACUACAAUUAAAAACAAUACGAUUGUUUACAUACCCGGUUUCAAAAGAGAUUCUAUUCUGUGCACAGUUGCAUUCGCAAUUAAAGGAGUGCUACAGUGUUUGCUGCCAUCGGUUUUGCUGCCAAUAUUCAGUUUUAAACUGGUUGUAGUCUUAAUGGCGAGAAAAGAAUCUCAAGAACAAUCAAUUCCAUCUUCAAAUGCGCAAAAUCACGAAAAAAAGCUCAAAUUGAAACAGCAAAACGAUCGAUCAAUUGUCAUACUGUUGGUAGUAAUAGUAUUAUUUUUUAUUACAAAGGUCCCGUCUGGAAUACUCUACUUGAUGUUCAUAAUUUAUGGUGGACCGAAUAGUUCACAUAAUGUAUGUUUUUUUGGCCUGAGAGCAAUAUUUAGUACUUUGACCACGAUUAAUAUGUCAGUGACAUUUGUGUUAUAUUACACCAUGAGUCAAAAUUUUAGAAUCACUUUGAGAUCCUUGUUUAAAAAGGAUGAUAUUCCAUUUCAAAAUGGAAAUAUAUAUUUUGUUUUCAGUAAUACGAAAAAAACUGACACGUGUCUAGAAACUAGUUAGAUUUUAGCGAAGGUAAUUUUUUAAGAGUCAGAUGAGUUUGAAAUUUGGCAGUUUUUGAGUUCCAUUCUAUCUUCCCACUCACAUAGAAUCCAUCCUGUGGAGAAAAUGAGCAAAAAUGUCAUUUUAGAGAGCUCAACACUCAAAGCGUGGAAUUUUUAGUAUGUUUUUUUUAUCAGACUAUAAUAAGUACAAAUCUGCCUCAUGUAUAAACUUUAAAAAUUGUAGGUAAUAUUCAUCUUAAUAAAUAAUUUUGUUUAUCAUUUUGUAGCGGCAUCUUCAUUCAAUUUGAUUCCUUAGUGAUUCAUUCAUUCGAUUCGCUCAGUCGGGAAAAGUCGUUCACAUAUCG